AUGACUUGUCCGAAUCAGAAUGUUGAGUACUUAUCCGAAUCAGAUGAUCAUGAGCAGCCAUUGUCCGGGACGCGGAAAUGGGUGAGACAGGUGGUUCAAGAAACGGGUGAACAUGGCGAGAGGCUUCUUCUAUGGAAGAGACUUUCCGAGAGCGACCUCGAGAACCGGAUUUCGAUGCCGGUCAUCUACUUGCUCUACGAAUCGGAUGAGUUCUUGAAGGAGGAGGAUAUCAAGGCUCUUUUGAGAUGGAAGAAUCAUCAUGACGAUUUGAAGGGCUUUCAAGAUGUCGACGUAAUGCUCUUUGAGCCGUGUUUGAACAAGUCCAUUCUGCGUAUCAGAAAGUGGCAUUAUGGCACAAGCCUUAGCCUCUACGAGUUUACUAUCGUCAAGAAGAAAUGGCACGAGAUCGCCGAGAGGAAUGGCUUCAAGAAAGAUGAUAUUCUGCAGAUUUGGUUCUUUAGGAGCCGAAAUGGAAAUCCAUGCUUCGCUCUCGCCAAUCUCACAAGCGCAGAAGAUAAUCUACCGACAACGUCCGAUGCGGCCAGUACUACCGAAACUAGCUAA